UGCCUUGCUCCCCGUUUCCUUCUUACUCAGCAAGCUUAGUGGGGCCUCCCCCCGGUUAAAAGGAGUAGUUACCCUAUGACUCUUCCUUUGAGGGUCCAAGUAGGAACCUUUAUAGCCCAGAUCCUGGGGCCCUGGGCCGCCCACUGAUUCAUUUCAAUUCCACUGCCUUUCAUUUCUCUUCUGUAUCUUAUUGCCCCUUCUUUAGCUAUUCACAAGAGGAAAUAGGAUUUUAUUUUUCAUUAUGUAUUAUAUAAAAAUUACACAUCCAGUCUUCUCAAUUCUCAGUUCUUAAAGAAAUCAACUAAGCCUUCAAAGACUUUUAGUUUUGCAUUUUCCAUGGGUGACGGGUCCUAAAAAUUCUCCCCAUCCCCACAGGACAGAGUGACCAGUCUUUCAGGCUUGGCCCUGAAUUUGUUUUUCAGUUGAGGAGAACAAGAGAUGGAGAAAGCAAGUGGAAGACAGUCCAUUGCCCUGUCCACAGUGGAAACUGGCACAGAGAACCCGGGGCUGGAGCUCAUGGAAAAAGAAGUAGAGCCUGAGGGAAGCAACAGGACUGACACACAAGGACACAGCCUGGGGGAUGGACUGGGCCCUUCCACUCACCAGAGGAGGAGACAGUGGCCUUUCAGCAAAGCAAGAAGUUUCUGCAAAACACACGCCAGCUUGUUCAAGAAGAUCCUGUUGGGCCUGUUGUGUUUGGCCUAUGUUGCCUAUUUCCUGGCAGCUUGCAUCUUGAAUUUCCAGAGGGCACUGGCCUUGUUUGUCAUCACCUGCUUGGUGAUAUUUGUCCUGGUUUACUCAUUUCUGAAAAAGCUCCUGGGCAAAAAAUUAACAAGAUGUCUGAAGCCCUUUGAAAACUCCUGCCUGAGGCUUUGGAUGAAAUGGGUGUUUGCAGGAGUCUCCUUGGUUGGCCUUAUACUGUGGUUGGCUUUAGACACAGCCCAAAGGCCAGAGCAGCUGAUCUCCUUCGCAGGAAUCUGUAUGUUCAUCCUCAUCCUCUUUGCCUGCUCCAAACACCACAGUGCAGUGUCCUGGAGGACAGUGUUUUGGGGCCUUGGUCUUCAGUUUGUCUUUGGGAUCUUGGUCAUCAGAACUGAUCUUGGAUAUAGUGCAUUUCAGUGACUGGGAGAGCAGGUCCAGAUUUUCCUGAACUACACUGUGGCCAGCUCCAGUUUUGUCUUUGGGGAUACACUGAUCAAGGAUGUCUUUGCUUUUCAGGCCUUACCAAUCAUCAUUUUCUUCGGAUGUGUGAUGUCCAUUCUCUACUACCUGGGCCUUGUGCAAUGGGUGGUUCAGAAGGUCGCCUGGUUUUUACAAAUCACUAUGGGCACCACUGCCACAGAGACCCUGGCUGUGGCAGGAAACAUCUUUGUGGGUAUGACAGAGGCACCUCUGCUCAUCCGUCCCUACCUUGGGGACAUGACACUCUCUGAAAUUCAUGCAGUGAUGACUGGAGGGUUUGCCACCAUUUCCGGCACUGUGCUGGGAGCCUUCAUAUCCUUCGGGGUUGAUGCAUCAUCCCUGAUUUCUGCCUCUGUGAUGGCCGCCCCUUGUGCUCUCGCCUUGUCAAAGCUAGCAUAUCCGGAAGUGGAGGAGUCCAAGUUCAAGAGCAAGGAGGGAGUAAAGCUGCCCCAUGGGAAGGAGAGGAAUGUCCUGGAAGCUGCCAGCAACGGAGCCACAGAUGCCAUAGGCCUUGCUGCUAAUGUAGCAGCCAACCUGGUUGCCUUUUUGGCUGUGUUGGCUUUCAUCAAUGCUGCCCUCUCCUGGCUGGGAGAACUGGUGGACAUACAGGGGCUCACUUUCCAGGUCAUCUGCUCCUAUCUCCUAAGGCCCAUGGUUUUCAUGAUGGGUGUAGAGUGGACAGAUUGUCCAAUGGUAGCUGAGAUGGUGGGAAUCAAGUUCUUCAUAAAUGAGUUUGUGGCUUAUCAGCAACUGUCUCAAUACAAGAACAAACGUCUCUCUGGAGUGGAGGAGUGGAUUGAGGGAGAGAAGCAGUGGAUUUCUGUAAGAGCUGAAAUCAUUACAACAUUUUCACUCUGUGGAUUUGCCAAUCUUAGUUCCAUAGGAAUCACGCUUGGAGGCUUGACAUCAAUAGCACCUCACCGGAAGAGUGACUUGUCCAAGGUUGUGGUCAGGGCCCUCUUCACAGGGGCCUGUGUAUCCCUUAUCAGUGCCUGUAUGGCAGGAAUCCUCUAUGUCCCUAGGGGAGCUGAAGCUGACUGCGUGUCCUUCCUAAACACAAGUUUCACCAAUAGAACCUAUGAGACCUACAUGUGCUGCAGAGGGCUCUUUCAGAGUACUUCUCUGAAUGGCACAAACCCUCCUUCUUUUUCUGGUCUCUGGGAAGACAAGGAGUUCAGUGCUAUGGCCCUUACUAACUGCUGUGGAUUCUACAACAAUACCGUCUGUGCCUAAGGCUGCUUCAUCUAUUUCCAUAACAGUUUUGAUCUUAUCAGCUUUGUGAUUGCAAAGGUGUUUAUGUACUCAGGGUUCCCACAACUCACUCACCAAGAUCUUUAACAGUAAAUAACAGUAAAUGUUAAAAGAUUCAUUUUGGGCCAGGCGUGGUGGCUCAUGCCUGUAAUCCCAGCACUUUGGGAGGCUGAGGUAGGUGGAUCACAAGGUCAGGAGAUGAAGA